AUCUGACCUCCCCUGCCACUGCAACUCCUCCCAGCAAGUCCAGGCCAUUCUCUGGUCCCUGCUGGCUGUCCUGCAUACCCAGAGGCCUCCCCCUGCAUCUGGACACUGGCUGUGUUGCUGCUGCCCAUCCCUCUCCACACACCAACUCAACAUCUGCUUGAGGCCCAGCUCUGCCUGACCGUUUCUAGGAUGGGACCCAGGUGAGCCCAGGUGCCCACUGCCCCAGGCCCCCUGGCACAGGCUGCCCCAGGCCCCGUGCAGACACACCAGGCCCUCAGCCCCAGCCCAUGGACCUGCGGGUGGGCCAGCGGCCCCCGGUGGAGCCCCCACCGGAGCCUGCGCUGCUGGCCCUGCAGCACCCCCAGCACCUGCACCACCACCUCUUCCUGGCAGGCCUGCAGCAGCAGCGCUCAGUGGAGCCCAUGAGGCUCUCAAUGGAUACGCCGAUGCCCGAGUUGUCGGUGGGGCAGCAGGAGCAGGAGCUGCGGCAGCUUCUCAAUAAGGACAAGAGCAAGCGGAGUGCUGUGGCCAGCAGUGUGGUCAAGCAGAAGCUGGCGGAAGUGAUUCUGAAGAAACAGCAGGCAGCCUUAGAGAGAACAGUCCAUCCCAGCAGCCCCAGCAUUCCCUACAGAACUCUCGAGCCCUUGGAGACGGAAGGCGCGACCCGCUCCAUGCUCAGCAGCUUUCUGCCUCCUGUUCCCAGCCUGCCCAGUGACCCCCCAGAACACUUCCCUCUGCGUAAGACAGUCUCUGAGCCCAACCUGAAGCUGCGCUACAAGCCCAAGAAGUCCCUGGAGCGGAGGAAGAAUCCACUGCUCAGAAAGGAGAGCGCCCCGCCCAGUCUCCGGCGGCGGACUGCAGAGACCCUCGGAGACUCCUCCCCUAGUAGUAGCAGCACACCUGCGUCAGGGUGCAGCUCCCCCAACGACAGUGAGCACGGCCCCAACCCCGUCCUGGGCUCGGAGGCGCUCUUGGGCCAGCGGCUGCGGCGGCAGGAGACCUCUCUGGCCCCGUUCGCCUUGCCGACAGUGUCCUUGCUGCCCGCAAUCACACUGGGGCUGCCCGCACCUGCCAGGAACCUGCUCCCCUGUGACUCCUCCCCACCUCUCCCCCAGGCUGACGGUGACCGCAGGACCCAUUCGACAAUGGGCCCUCGGGGGCCGGUGCUGGGGAGCUCCCAUGCUCCCCUCUUCCUGCCCCAUGGCCUGGAGCCAGAAACUGGGAGCCCCUUGCCCUCUCGCCUGCAGCCCAUUCUCCUCCUGGACCCCUCAGUCUCUCAUGCCCCCCUGCUGACUGUGCCCGGGCUUGGGCCCCUGCCCUUUCACUUUGCCCAAUCCUUACUGACCACCGAGCGGUUCUCCGGGUCAGGCCUCCACCGGCCGCUGAGUCGGACCCGCUCAGAACCCCUACCCCCAAGCGCCACCGCCCCACCACCGCUGGGCUCCCUGCAGCCCCGCCUGGAGCGGAUCAAAUCUCACGUCCAGCUGACCAAGAGGCCAGCCAAGCCAAGUGAGAAGCCCCGACUGCGGCAGAUACCUUCAGCUGAGGACCUGGAAACGGAUGGUGGGGGAGUGGGGCCACUGAGGGAUGACAGCCUGGAACACAGGGAGUCAAGCCACGGGCAGCAUGAGGCCAGAGGCCCUGUUCCUCUCCAGCAGCACCAGCAGGUGUUCCUUUGGGAGCAGCAGCGACUGGCUGGACGACUCCCCCGGGUAGGCACUGGGGACUCUGUGCUGCUCCCCCUGGCCCAGGGUGGUCACCGACCCCUGUCCAGGGCUCAGUCGUCUCCAGCUGCACCUGCCUCACUGCCAACCCCGGAGCCUGCCAGCCAGGCCCGUGUCCUGCCCAGCUCAGAGACCUCCUCCAGGACCCUGCCCUUCACCACAGGGCUGGUCUACGACUCUGUCAUGCUGAAGCACCAGUGCUCCUGCGGAGACAACAGCAGGCACCCAGAGCACGCAGGCCGCAUCCAGAGCAUCUGGUCCCGGCUGCAGGAGCGGGGGCUCCGGAGCCAGUGUGAGUGUCUCCGGGGCCGGAAGGCCUCCCUGGAGGAGCUGCAGUCAGUGCACUCUGAACGGCACGUGCUCCUCUACGGCACCAACCCGCUCAGCCGCCUGAAACUGGACAACGGGAAGCUGGCAGGGCUCCUGGCACAGCGGAUGUUUGUGAUGCUGUCCUGUGGUGGAGUUGGGGUGGAUACUGACACCAUCUGGAAUGAACUGCACUCCUCCAAUGCAGCCCGCUGGGCCGCCGGCAGUGUCACCGACCUGGCCUUCAAAGUGGCUUCCCGUGAGCUAAAGAACGGUUUUGCUGUGGUUCGGCCCCCAGGACACCAUGCAGACCACUCCACAGCCAUGGGCUUCUGCUUCUUCAACUCAGUGGCCAUCGCCUGCCGGCAGCUGCAACAGCAGAGCAAGGCCAGCAGGAUCCUCAUCGUGGACUGGGAUGUUCACCAUGGCAACGGCACCCAGCAAACCUUCUACCAGGACCCCAGUGUGCU